UUUGUCAAAAAACACACGAGUUUAGGUUAGAAAAUUCCCAUUCCUCUGUUCGUUUGCUUCGAGGCGAGUUUUGUGUGUGAAAAGUUUUAUUACGAAGAAAUUAAAAAAAAAAUCUGUGAGAAAAAAUGGCUUUAUCCGUACCAAAAGCACCGGGUGUAUCCCAAAUGUUAAAGGAAGGCGCUCGUAUGUACAGUGGCUUGGAAGAAGCAAUUUAUCGUAAUAUCUCUGCAUGCAAGGAAUUUGCACAGACAAUGCGCUCCGCCUACGGGCCCAACGGCAUGAACAAGAUGGUCAUCAAUCACCUCGAAAAGCAAUUCGUCACCUCCGAUGCUGGCACCAUAAUGCGCGAGUUGGAUGUUGAGCAUCCAGCUGCCAAAUUAAUGGUAAUGGCCAGUCAGAUGCAAGACGCCGAAGUCGGUGAUGGCACCAACUUCGUGGUAAUCUUUGCUGGUGCCCUCCUCGAGGGAGCCGAAGAUCUCUUGCGUUUGGGUAUUACAACAAGUGAAAUCGCCGAUGGCUAUGAGAAGGCAAUGGACAAGGCAUUGGAAAUCCUGCCCAAAUUGGUCUGUCACAAAAUCGAAGACUUCCGUGAUGUGCAGAAGGUCAAAGAUUGUCUGACCUCGGCUGUUAUGUCCAAACAGUUUGGUCAGGAAGAAUUCAUUACCGAACUGAUUGCAAAAGCUUGUGUUUCUAUCCUUCCCGACAAGAGCACUUUUAAUGUUGAUAAUAUCCGAGUUUGUAAGAUCCUAGGUAGUGGUUUGAACAAGUCGGAGGUGCUCCGUGGGAUGGUAUUCAAGCGACAGGUUGAAGGUGAUGUCAGCAGUGUUGAGAAGGCAAAGAUUGCUAUAUUCUCUUGCCCUGUGGACAUCAUUCAAACCGAAACGAAGGGAACAGUCUUGAUUAAGUCGGCUGAUGAACUGAUGAACUUUAGCAGCGGAGAAGAAAAUCUGUUGGAGAAGCAAAUCAAAGCUUUGGCAGAUGCAGGAGUGAAGGUCAUUGUAGCUGGCGGUAAAGUUGGUGACAUGGCUCUGCAUUUUAUCAACAAAUAUGGUCUCAUGGCUGUCCGCCUGAAUUCCAAAUUUGAUCUGCGUCGUUUAAGCAGAGCUGUCAAUGGAACAGUUCUGCCCAGGUUGACUGCUCCCACUCAGGAAGAGCUCGGUUAUUGCGAUAAGGUUUGCAUUGAAGAGUUGGGUGAUACAGUUGUAGUAUCCUUCCGUAAUGAAGGAGUUGACUCACGUAUUGCAACAAUUGUAAUCCGUGGAGCUACCGAUAACUUCAUGGAUGAUAUCGAACGUGCCAUCGAUGAUGGAGUAAAUAAUUUCAAAGGACUCACUCGUGAUGGUCGUUUUGUUCCUGGAGCUGGUGCAACAGAGAUUGAGUUGGCUAUCCAACUGGCGGAAUAUGCUGAUACCCUUCCUGGUCUUGAACAGUAUGCAGUUCGUAAAUUCGCUACAGCUUUAGAAGUAUUCCCCAAAGCCUUGGCCGAAAACAGUGGUGUUAAUGGCACAGAGACCAUCAACAAACUCUACCUCGCCCACAAAGAGAACGGUCCCAACCAGGGAUUCAACAUUGAUGAUGAACAAGUUGGCACCAUCGAUGUGACCACCAGCAAGGUGUUUGACUUAUAUCAGUCGAAAUACUGGGGAAUCAAGUACGCCGUUGGUGCAGCCACAACAAUCCUCAAGGUCGAUCAGAUUAUAAUGGCCAAGAGAGCUGGAGGACCUAAACCACCAAGGCAAGGUGGUGGUAGUGAUGACGAGAGUUAAGUUAUCGUUCCUCAUAAUUUUCUUUUAUUAUAAUUCUACGCAUUUCUUCUUUGUUUUUUCACAAAAUAAAAAAAAACUUCUCUUUGUUUUUAAAAUCGCUUAACAUCUCUUCACAUUCACACAAACAAUUAUUUUAUUAUUUUUUUGUAUUAAUAACAGGUGUUGGGAGUGAUUUUGGAACUACCCAACCCAAUGUAAGAACAAUGCAACAAAAAAUAAAAAAAAUAAACUCACAAAAAUCUUUUCAAAGAUAA